CUGGCUGCCUCUCGCUUGAUCGGAUCUUCCUCUUCCCGCCGGCUUGCUGAAACGCAACCUCCGCCGCCGGUCGUUCUUGUCUCUGCCGCUUUUGACGGCAGCUGCCUCUCUCCGAGUUGGCGGAUAAUAAUAAAAAAAUGCAGCAAAUUAACAAAUAAUUAAACCGCCUCGUGUUCUCACUUCAAGCCAAGGCAGUGUCGUGCCAAACACAAUCGUUCUCUGUUUCCGACUACAAACAAGUCCUCGAAUUGCUCUCCCGGUUGUUUUGUUCGGGCGGCGGCGUCUCCGGUCAGCAAUGGAUGGCGUUGCCGGCUGAGGCUUGGCUCUUUCUCUUUCGAUCUGCAAUUCCGUCUUUGCUCAUCCCACCGGCCACCUUUCAGCUUCCGGGUUUGUUGAAUCAAGUUGGCAGAGAAUAAUUUGGAGUUGACUGAGCGUUCAACACAGCAGUCAUAGACAAAUCAGCACUUGUAAGACUGGAAGGAUGGGUUCAUUCAAGGGUCAUGUUGUACCUGGUUCACUGUUUUUGAUCAUUGGAUUAUGGCACAUAUGGUGUUCUCUGGUUCGCUAUAUCUCCAAUCCUAAGUCUUUCAGGGUCCGGGUUUGGAAUCCGGUCCCGGGUUUUGAAGGGAAGUUGAAGCACUUGGAACUCUACAUCAUCGUGAUUGGAUCCUUUAUAGACCUAUGCAUUGAGCUUUUGUACUCCACACACCUUAGGUUUUUCGUCAACGGAGUGCUCAAUCCCAGUCACCUGAACAAUUUUGAGCAUACAGGGAUGUUGCUGAUGUUCUUUAUCCUUGGUGUUCUCGCGUUGCUAUCAGAGAAAACAAGGUUUCUACCCUUGCCAGAUGGAGCGCUCUCCCUCGUAGCCGCCACUGCAUUUUGUGCAGAGUACUUGCUGUUCUACUUCCACUCAACAACACACAAGGGCCUCGAAGGGUACUAUCAUCUCAUCCUCGUACUCCUGAUAGGACUAUGCGUGGUCUCCUCUGUGGCUGGAGCACUCCUCCCGGCAAGCUUUCCAGUCGACUUGACUAAUGGUAUUGCCAUGACUCUCCAAGGCCUAUGGUUCUACCAGACAGCCUUCAGUCUCUACGGCCCAAUGAUGCCAAAUGGUUGUCAGCUCGAAGGAGAUCGAAUCGUUUGUGGAUCAGCUGUCAGUCGCGUUCGUGGCGAGCUGCUGGCUAACGUUCAGUUAUUCUCCUUGGUACUUGGGGUGCUUGUUGCUGUCGUGGUAUCAUAUGGUUAUGCAGCUUCCAGAUAUGGCCGCGGGGAACUUCGCAGGUAAAGAACAUGUUCACUGACUGUAAGUGAAUGAUGCAUCUCCCCAGCUCCUAACUACUCGUUUUUUGGUGGUGAUGUUUGGAUUUCAUUGACAUGGAAAAAUGAAGCGAAUGAUGGUUGUGAUGCUAACAGUCGAUUAGAAUAGAAUCUCUGAUCUCUAAUUCACUUGGGUUGUAGAAUUGUGGAAUUGGAUUUUGGAUACUUGUAAUAUUCUUCAUUCGAUAGAAUUCUCUUCAGUUUGCCUCCCAUGGUAAGAUGGAAGGUGACAAUGAACAUAUCAGCAUACAUAAUCUUGUUGUACUUGUCAUGCAAAUUGCAAUCUCACAUUUACCCUGAGAAAA